GUCGUCUGCUCUGUUGAUUUUUAUUCAAAUGAGAUUCAGCUCCUACAUCGUGUGGAAAACGUAGAAAAAUAUUAGCACGAGAUUUAAAACCUGCCAGCAUGUCAGGGACACAGUCUAUGAAUCAAGCAAACAGACAGCCUAAGUCCCGAAGCCGACGCAAGGCUAAACAGAUCGUCAUCCCCGCCGACCCGGACUCGGCCGAAGCCGACAGAGAAGAUGAGGAGGACAUUGUCAAGAAAUCAACAAGUCAGCGCAAGAAAGCCGCUCUGCUGAAGACAAGGAAUGGCUACCAAAGAGAUAAAUCCCCCAGGACUAGGAGAAAAAGGACUGUGCGUGAUGAUACGGAUGAAGAGGAGGAGGAGGAAGACGCAAAUAGUGAUGAGAACGAUGAUGAUGAUGACGAUGCUGAUGAUGCCCAGGUCGAUGAUGAAUCUUUGGGAUUUUUCUUGACGACAAUUAGCUAUGUUGUAGGAGUCACUCUUGCAUUGCUGUUGGGAUAUGCCUACUAUAUCUGUAUCUACACAAUACAUGAAAAUCACCUCUGGUUUAGCAGCAUCAUGGUAAGUCUGCUUCCCUUUUUAUUCUCAUUAUAAAAAUACAACACAGCU